AUGGAGUAUUCUUCUGAUAUGUGUUUCGAGAUUUUAUCACGAACAUCAUUGAAAACGUUGGAUCGAUGCAAGUCUGUGUGUAAGGCAUGGAACUACCUCACAUACGAGUCUAGUUUCAUGUCUCUUCACUGUAAGAGAACGGAUACUGUUUCGGGUUACUUCAUUCAGGAUGAGUCGUUCAAAAAUCACCGGACGACAUUUGUAUCCAUCAACCAAUCUGAUCACUCCACCUCCAAAUUGUCACUUGACUUUUUACCAGAAAAAGUGAAUAUCUUGGCUUCGUCAAACCAAGGUAUUUUGUGUUGUGUGAAUGGGUAUGGCAAACGCAGCAAAUAUUAUGUUUGCAAGCCAAGUACGAGACAAUUUGAGCUUCUGCCGAACCCGAACACCGAAUUGAAACCGGAUAUAUUUGCCUUGGUGGUUCUACAAUCAAACCCGCUGCGGUUCAAAAUUGUUCGGUUAUCAUUCCCCAAACGAUUUUGCAUUUAUUACUGUGUUUAUGUGUCUAUUAAUAGAUCAAAGAACUACUACAACUAUGGAUGUGAAAUCUUCGAUUCACAAACUUGGCGUUGGAAGGAAUUACAAGACAUAAGGUUGCCUAAUGGCGUUCUGAUAUUAACAAGAGAAAGCCCUGUGAUCUUACGUGGUGCCAUUCACUGGCGCAUCACCAACAAUUCUGUUUUGAAAUUCUUUAUAAACAAAGAGAUAUACACUAUAUUUUCGCUACCAAAGCCGAUAUGUGAUGAUGAAGAUGAUCGUUUAUGCCAACACAAGAAGCUUGUUGAAUAUAGAGGGCAGCUCGGUUUUAUCUGCGAGUUUCCACCAAAUGGUGAGUUGGGACUGUGGAUUUUGAAGAAUGGCGAGAAGAAGAAAGCGUGGGAGCACGGACUUGUAUUGAACAUGGAUGAUGGGGCUCUUAAAAGGGAAGAGCCCCUUGCUUCUGUUCCAGCCUUAUAUAAUGCUCAUAUUGUGGUGAUGGAGAGUGUUUACAGUAUCAUCUUCUAUAAUUUUCUCAGUCGCAGCUUCGAUGUGGUCAAGCUCGAUUUUCUAAUCCAACCCGGUCAGAUUUUUUCCUUUCGAUCGGAUUUGGAGCCAGUUACUUUGAAAGUUGUAGAAUAGUUUAUAUUUUUAUUGUAAUUCGUUGGUGGUAAAUGAUUUUUGUAUUUUUUCUUUUAAAUGUAAUUUUUCCUUUUUGUUGGA